AUGAAUUGCCUAGCGAAUGAGAGCUUAAACUACUUAAAGAUCUCACCUUUUUCUUCUUCUACCUCCAGAUUACUAUCUUCCGUCGCCAAUUCUCGAAACCCAUUGUUCAUUUCCAGCAAAGACUGUACUUCUCCGACUCCUUUUAACCCUUUUCAGUUCUUCAAUGAUCAAGCAAAUUCGAAGCUUUGUAAGCUCGAAACAACCAGAAUUCUGCAAGCGCAUUUGCUUAGAAGAUAUCUUUGUCCGUUUGAUGUUUACCUCACGAAAUCUCUGCUCAGUUGGUACUCGAAAUCGGGUUCCAUGGUCGACGCGGCUAAGUUGUUCGACACAAUGCCUCAACCAGAUGUUGUAUCCUGUAACAUUAUGAUCUCUGGCUACAAACAGAAUAAACUGUUUGAAGAGUCGUGGAGGUUUUAUUCUAAGAUGCAUUUAUUGGGUUUUGUGGCGAAUGAGAUUAGCUAUGUCUCUGUGCUUUCCGCUUGUAGUGCUCUUCAGGUUCCUCUGUUCAGCGAGCUUGUGUGUUGCCAUACGAUAAAGAUGGGAUUUUUCUUUUACGAAGUUGUUCAAUCGGCUUUGAUAGACUCGUUCUCAAAGAGUCUGAGGUUUCAGGAUGCUUACAAGAUGUUCCGUGACACUUUCUCUUCUACUAAUGUGUACUGUUGGAACACUAUCAUAGCAGGGGCACUUAGAAAUCAAGAUCACGGCGCUGUUUUUGAUCUUUUUAACGAAAUGUGUGGUGGGUUUCAGAAACCUGAUAGCUACACAUACUCCAGUGUUUUGGCUGCGUGUGCUUCCCUUGAGAAGCUUAGGUUUGGAAAAGCUGUUCAAGCUCGGACGAUCAAAAGCGGAGCAGAGGAUGUGUUUGUUUGCACUGCGGUUGUUGAUUUAUAUGCUAAAUGUGGGCAUAUGGCUGAAGCUAGGGAAAUGUUCUCACGUAUCCCUAACCCUAGUGGUGUGUCUUGGACGGUGAUGCUGUCUGGUUGCACAAAGAGUAACGAUGCUUCCUCUGCUCUUGAGAUAUUCAAGGAAAUGAGACGUUCAGGUGUUGAGAUCAGCAGCUUUACUGUAACCAGUGUAGUUUCUGCUUGUGGUAAACCUUCUUUGGUCUGUGAAGCAAGCCAGAUCCAUGCUUGGGUGUUAAAAAGUGGUUUCUAUCUCGAUUCUUCAGUGUCUGCCUCCUUGAUUAGUAUGUACUCAAAGAGUGAAGAAAUUAAUCUCUCUGAACAGGUCUUUGAGGAUCUGGACGAUGUUCAUAAGCAAAGUAUAGUAAACGUAAUGGUGUCUUCGUUUUCGCAGAAUAAGAAGCCUGGUAAAGCGAUAAGACUGUUUACUAGAAUGCUUCAGGAAGGUUUGAGACCGGACGAGUUUAGUGUGUGUAGUUUGUUAAGUGUAUUAUACUGUUUGGAUUUAGGUAAGCAGAUUCACAGUUACACCUUUAAAAGUGGGUUGGUUCUUGAUCUCACUGUUGGAAGCUCUCUUUUCACAAUGUACUCCAAAUGUGGUAGCUUGGAAGAAUCUUUCAGCUUAUUCAAGGAGAUACCUGUUAAAGACAAUGCUUGCUGGGCUUCCAUGAUUUCUGGUUUCAAUGAGUACGGUUAUCUAAGAGAAGCUAUUGGGUUAUUCGGUGAGAUGUUGGCUGAUGGGACUAGCCCUGAUGAGAGUACUCUAGCUGCUGCUCUAACUGUGUGUGCUUCUCUUCCUUCUCUGCCAAGAGGUAAAGAGAUACAUGGGUACGCGUUAAGAGCUGGAAUCGACAGAGGAAUGUCUCUUGGUUCUGCACUGGUAAACAUGUACUCAAAGUGUGGCUCACUAAAGUUGGCUAGGGAGGUCUAUGAUAAGCUUCCGGAAAUGGAUCCGGUUUCAUGUUCAUCUUUAAUUUCAGGAUAUUCACAACAUGGAUUAGUUCAGGAUGGCUUCCUCCUAUUUCGUGAUAUGGUCAUGUCUGGUUUCACCAUGGACUCCUUUGCAGUUUCAUCCAUUCUUAAAGCCGCUGUUCUCUCAGAUGAAUCAUCUCUGGGAGCUCAAGUUCAUGCCUACAUCACCAAAAUCGGACUGUGCGCAGAGCCUUCUGUAGGAAGCUCGCUACUGACAGUGUAUUCGAAAUUUGGAAGCAUAGAGGACUGCUGUAAAGCAUUCAGCCAGAUCAAUGGUGCGGACUUGAUCGCAUGGACUGCGCUGAUUGCGAGUUAUGCUCAACAUGGAAAGGCCGCUGAAGCGUUACAAAUGUACAGUCUCAUGAAGAAAAAAGGACUCAAGCCUGAUAAAGUGACUCUCGUGGGAGUCUUGUCUGCUUGCAGUCAUGGUGGUUUGGUGGAAGAAGGCUAUUCCCAUCUCAACUCGAUGGUGAAAGAGUACGGCGUCGAACCUGAUAAUCGUCAUUAUGCUUGCAUGGUAGAUGCUCUGGGGAGGUCAGGAAGACUUAGAGAAGCUGAGAGUUUUAUCAAUAGUAUGCCUAUUAAAGCGGACGCAUUGGUCUGGGGAACAUUGCUUGCUGCUUGCAGAGUUUACGAGGAUGUUGAACUUGGGAAGCUAGCUGCCAGAAAGGCUAUAGAGCUAGAGCCAGCAGACGCUGGAGCGUAUGUGUCUCUCUCGAACAUCCUUGCAGAGGUUGGCGAGUGGGAAGAAGUGGAGGAAACUCGGAAGCUGAUGAAAGGAACAGGCGUACAGAAGAAACCAGGGUGGAGUUGUGUCUGA